ACAGUUUCUGAAUUCCUCAAUCCACAUUACUCGUUUCUUGUUUGGUGUUAUAAUAUCGUGCUACUCCCUGCCUUUACUAGUAUUUUCCUCGAGCUUUGUGUUUUGAAUCGGGGUAACGUUUUAUCUCGAUGUGUAGCUCGCAGUGUGGUGGUUAUACUUUUGCUAGAAAUGUUUUUCUGAGAAGUCUAGGUUGGUGUGAAUGUUUCAAUUCAAUUUGGAUAGAGAAUUGUGCCUGAAAUCUCGAGGAUUAUGAGACAUAAGGAUUCCCAAUAUGUCCAAUACAGCAAACUCAGAAAAUCCAACGAUGGAUCAACCAGCAAGUGCCUCAACCGGCGCCGAAUGCUCUACGUAUACCUUUCCAGACUUGAAACUAGCGGAGCCCCGAGGCCAUCUCCGUAGUGUGAGUCAUGGUGGCGCCACCUCGCUCACGGGCCAGCUCGGACCGGGCUCCAGGCCGUCAGCCCUCAAGGGUGGCCGUGGCCACCAGAGGGCCUUCUCCCAAGGCCAAAUCACGGACUCUGGAGCCAUAAAACCUACGCACAGUCGGGUGGGUUCGAAGACCGACUUCAUCCUACCGCCAGGGCACAAGGAGGUGGAGGGGGAAGCAGCUAUAGCUGCGAGGUCGUCCGCCAAGGGUCAUUCCAGACAGGCUUCCAGGACGGAGUCCAUCUACACCCUGAGAAGGACGGCACCUCCGCCCAUCUGGGAACGACUGCUCUGCGUGCUGCUGCGUCGGCAGCCGAAGAACGACCUGGAGGAACGCUCGAGGAUAGUGGUCCCCAACCACGUGGUGCCCCCGAAGACCCCCAGGAAGGAGCACCCGAACGGUCGACGGAUGGACAAUAAGAUAAGGACGACGAAAUAUACGCUGUUGUCGUUUUUGCCCAGGAACCUCCUGGAACAGUUCCAUCGGGUCGCCAACCUGUAUUUUAUAUUUAUCGUUUUGCUCAAUUGGUUCCCGUUGAUCAAUGCGUUCGGCAAAGAGAUCGCGAUGAUACCAGUUCUGUUUGUGCUCGGUGUGACCGCCGUCAAGGAUCUGUUCGAGGACAGGAGGAGGAGGGCUAGCGACCAGAGGAUCAACAAUUCGACGUGCAGGAUUUACAACAGUGAGGACAUGAGAUACAGAAAGGUGCUGUGGAAAGAUGUGCGCGUCGGAGAUCUCAUUCACCUCUCAAACAACGAGGUGGUUCCUGCUGACAUUUUGCUUUUGAAAUCCAGCGAUCCAAGUGGCUGUUGCUACAUCGACACAGGCCACUUGGAUGGAGAGACCAACCUCAAGCAGCGUCAAGUGGCCAGAGGUUUCGUUGAAAAGGAUUUCUCCCCUUGUAAAUUCAAGAGUACAAUCGAGGUUGAUGCGCCAACAACCAAAAUAUAUAGGUUUCAAGGUACCAUUAUACAUCCAUCUGGAGAAACAGUGCCUGUAGGUACAGAAAAUUUUAUACUGCGAGAGUGCCUUCUAAAAAAUACUGACUAUGUUGAGGGAAUUGUUGUAUAUGCAGGACAUGAAACGAAAGCAAUGUUGAAUAACGGUGGUCCCAGAUACAAAAGAUCAUCAUUAGAACGACAAAUGAACCAAGAUGUGAUCUGGUGUGUCUUCAUCCUGAUAUUUUUAUGUAUUAUUGGAGCUAUUGGAUGUAAAUUAUGGUUGAAUACCUAUCCCAAUAUACCCGAACCUUUUAAAUCUAUUUAUAGUGAUACUACAGAAUCUAUUUUGGCCUUCUUCACUUUUGUGAUAAUACUACAGAUAAUGAUACCUUUAUCUCUUUAUGUCACCUUAGAGUUGUGUAAAAUGAUGCAAAUAUACCAUAUCCAUCGUGAUGUCGACCUGUAUGACGUUACUCUCAGUAAACGAGUCGAAUGUAGAGCGUUGAAUAUCACAGAGGAACUAGGACAGAUCCAGUACAUUUUUUCAGAUAAAACGGGGACCUUGACUGAGAAUAAGAUGAUAUUUCGUAGGUGUACAAUAAACGGGGUAGACUACAACCAUCCCGAAUUGCAAAGUAUAAAAAAGGGGAAUACCGCCAAUUCCCUGAGCGUCGUUAUAAACCCCGAGCUAUUUAGUGACCUCCACCAAGAUACACUCACAGAAUACAUGUAUUCAACUCGACAAAUACAUGCUCAUAGAGUACAGGAGUUCUUGUUACUUUUGGCCAUAUGCAAUACCGUGGUUUGUUCUCAGCAUCCACACCACGAUCUCAUGAAUGCCAGUGGGAUAAUCGAGUCUAUGCCAGGCAUGUAUUCCUCCUCCCAGAAGGACAACCAAGAAGCUCCUAAACCAGACGUAGUAGGCAGCGAACACAUCACAAUGACAUCACACAGAGAUAAAUAUUUGAGGUUAGAGGAGUCUAGAUCAGUUACACCUUCACCUCCACUUCAGUCUCAUCAAUAUACCGCACACGUUUCAACACUUACACCUAUAGAUUCUGUAGAUAGUUCCCCUUCUUCUGACAUAUAUCCGGUUCAGGUCAAAACUACAAGACCCAAACUUUUGAACUUGCCAACAAUAAACUUUUUAUCAAGAAAAAACGCUGGUGGUAGCAAUUUGACUGAUGAGCAGAAGGUAAAACUGAACAAGACUGCUACUCCUUCGCCGUACGAAUUCAAACCUAUAUUUGAAGCAGAGAGUCCAGACGAAUUAGCUCUAGUCGAUGCUGCUUACAAUUACAAUUGCAGACUUAUCAACCGUACUCCCACAAGCGUAACAGUCGAUCUACCAGACGAAGAGCGGUUGAGUUUCGAAAUUCUGAACAUAUUACCAUUCGAUUCUAGUAGAAAGCGCAUGUCAGUUAUCGUGAAACACCCAGUGACUAAAGAGAUCAUUUUAUAUUGUAAAGGAGCUGACAGUACAAUACUUCCUUGUUUAGCUCCGGCUGAAGAUGACUCGGAACAAAAACAAUUAAUAAACAAAACCCAACAACACUUGAACGCUUAUGCCAGAGAAGGUUUAAGGGUUUUGGUGAUGGCAAAAAGAGUAUUGAGUCAAAGAGAAUACAACGAGUGGUACCAAAAACACUUGGACACCGAAAAAACAAUGAGUGCUUUCGAAAAGAGAGAGAAGAAGCUCAGAGAUAGUUAUUCCUCUAUAGAAACGAAUUUGCUAAUAUUAGGUGCCACAGGAAUCGAAGAUAGGCUUCAGGAAGGUGUCCCAGAAACUUUGCAGGCUUUGAUUUCGGCUGGUAUCGUAGUUUGGGUGCUAACAGGUGAUAAACCGGAAACAGCUGUCAAUGUAUCGUACUCGGCGAAGCUGUUCUCCCCUCAAAUGGAACUGCUUAAUCUCAUGACCCGGACAAGAGAAGCAGCGGAAGAAAAGAUCCUAUAUUACUUGGGCGAAAUCGAAAAGCAAAGAAGCAGAACGGAGUCACUGCGAGACAUGCUCUACAUGCGCCCAAGUUCUUCAGCCGCGUGUUCUCGAAGUGUCCACCAAGACUCCGGACGUGCUUUGAUUGUCGAUGGAAAGACGCUCACCUUCAUUUUGGAUCGUAGAUCUAAAUUAACUAAGCCUUUCCUUCAACUGACUACGUUGUGCAAUUCAGUGCUUUGUUGUAGGGCCACGCCUUUACAGAAAGCGUAUAUAGUUAAGGUAGUUAAGGAAGAAUUAAAAAUGCGAACUUUGGCAAUUGGUGAUGGUGCGAAUGAUGUGUCUAUGAUACAAACUGCUGAUGUUGGUAUUGGUAUAUCCGGACAGGAGGGUAUGCAGGCAGUAAUGGCGGCAGAUUUUUCUCUACCUAGGUUCAAAUAUUUGGAGAAGUUCUUGUUGGUGCAUGGUCACUGGAGUUAUGAUAGACUGUCCAGGAUGGUAUUAUAUUUCUUCUAUAAAAAUGCUGCUUUUGUGUUCCUCAUUCUUUGGUAUCAGUUUUAUUGUGGUUUCUCCGGCUCAGUCAUGAUUGAUCAGAUGUAUCUUAUGCUUUAUAACCUCCUCUUUACGUCACUGCCCCCUUUAGCUAUAGGUGUGUAUGAUCAAGAUGCCCCUGAGGAAUUAUUGAAAGAAAGGCCUUAUUUGUAUAAACAGGGCCGAGUUGGAAAAGUUUACAGAUCCUAUUCUUUCUGGCUCACUACCCUAGAUGCAAUAUACCAAAGUAUUUGCAUAUUUUUCAUUUGCCAAGGGGCUUAUGCCGAUACCGACAUAGAUAUGUUCGAAUUCGGUACAACAAUGACGACUUGUUGUAUGUUUGUAAUGCUACUUCAUGCGUCCAUUGAAACUAGAUCUUGGACCAUUUUACAUGCAGCUUCUGUGAUAUUAUCGAUAGGUGCAUUCUACUUCUACUCUCUCCUAUACAAUUCUUUGUGUGUUAACUGUUUUGGCUUGCCAAGUACAUACUGGAUUAUCCAGACAGCCAUGCUGAGACCUACAUAUUGGUUGGUCACUUUGUUAUCCUGUGUUGCAGCAGUUCUUCCCAGGUUCACAAUUCGGAUUAUACAGACCAUGAUUUCACCCAAUGAUGUCACCAGAGCCCUGAUCUCCAUGAAAAGACGAGGUAGAGGUGAGGGAUUUCUUGUUUCUUGGUCAAGGUCGACGUCUGCUUCGUCCAUAUACAGGGCCACCGAUUACAGGCAUACGCAUCAAACUUUGACAGCAGUUGGUUGAAGUUACACACAAGUGACCUUAGCGCCAAUUACUGCAAAACGUGCGCGACAAUUAUUGCAUUUUAAAGGCUGUGAUCCAAUUGUAAGGGACCAACGUAUUAAAAUUAUUGCCCUUUACAUAUACUAUUUUAGUUCUUCCGCCAUUUUUCAUAUUAUGGUACAAUGUUCUCUAUGGGUAAUGUGCCUGCACAAAAAAACUAUUUAGAAAAAAAAUUAUAUAUUAAGUGUUGCAAUGAAGUAUUUAUAAUUUAAAACCUUAUUCUAAAUGUAUUAAAUUUAUUUCAAAUUUAAGUGAUCAAAUGGAACGAACUUUCCAUAUUAAAUUCCUAUUCCAGAAUUUUAUACAUCCUCAUUUGUAUGAACUCUUGAUUGCUCAACUAUAAGCAAAUUUGAAACUCUUCGUACUGUUUCCAUCUAAAGUUUGUCUCCCAUACUGUGCAAUUGAAAGGUUAUUCCAAAUUUUAAUUGAAAACAUUUUUUUAUAUUCAUUCUGGGUUUUCGAGCUAUUAUGAUUUUAACUUUUUUUACGGGUUCCACUUCGAUGAAGUAAGGUGCACAAUGCGGUGAUUUUGAAAAAAUGCUUGAAAAGAUUAAAUAAUUCCACAAUUAUUAUUUUCAACAUGUAAUGAAUUGGGAUACUAAUUUUUUUAAAAGCACUUCUGUUAUUACCAAGUUCAAUUGUUUUUAGUUAGUGUGAGUCAGGCAUGACAAUUUCAUUUUUCGGCUCUAUAUUUUACUUCAUGAAUUUUCCAUAUAUCUAAUUCAUAUUAUUUUGUGGAUAUAACAUAGUUAUUUGCUCCUGUUUUCAUUUAUACAACUUCAGAUAUUUUCAGAGAAAUAAUUACAUAUUGUUCAAUUAUUUUUCCUGACAUGAUUUUUUUUUUAUUUUAAUUUUUGUAAUUUUUUUGUUAAAUAUUUUUUGUAGAUGUAAAAAUGUAGCUUCUAUUAGCAGUACAUGUACAAUAUGUAGAUAAAAAUUUUCCUGAAAUUAUUUUAUAUACAAUUAUACUAUAAUCAUCACACAAUAAUCCUCUAUGAAAAGUCAUAUUGUACGAAGGGCCCCGAUUUCGACUCCCUCAACUUAAGCAAAUAUUAUUUUAAUAAUUAUUUAUCAGGAAACCAGAUGAUGAAUUGUUUUAAAUUCUUUAUGGUUGUUUGUAAUUCUCACAGACGAAUUAUAUGGAGAGUUCUCUGAAUCUUUAUUUUAUAUUAUGGAUUGUGCAUUAUAACAAAAUCGUUAAUGACAUGUUAUUCUUAUUUAUAUGACAAUUAUUGAGCUGUUUUGACUCGACCUAAGUACGAAAUUUUAUUUUAAAUCAAUUUUUUUUCUUAUAGAUACACAUUUUAUGCAUCUCUAAUUUUAUAGGAAAAAUUAGUAACAUGCUUGUUAGCGGAAUUGUUUAAAUAUACCCGAUAUGUGAUUAAUAGAAUGUGUGAGUGCCAUUAAAAAAAGAAUAUUAUUCAAAUUAUUGAAUAUUUAAAUUAUAUAAUUGUAAACUACUGUGUACUUAGGUAAAUUUUAUAAAAGUUACCAAUUUCUAAUAAUUGGUCAAUUAAAAUAAUUAUUUUUUCCAGAAAAAUAAAAAUCUUGUAUUUGU